AUGGGCCAUGCGGCAAUGGCUUCAGGCAACAAAUUUGGCAAAGCUUUAUCAAGGUGUGUUAUCGUCAUCGUCAUCGAUUGGAUAUCUGACACAGUUUCAGAACGUGGAUGGACAAAGACGCAUGGGCACUUUCUUGUAAUGGGUGGAUUCAUGCUAUAUCGGAACGGAGUCCCAGUACAAACACUAUCAAUUGAGAAGUUUCACAGGCACCUCGAAGCCGGUUCCAUUGAUUUCCCAAAUAUCACUGAAGAGGACAUCCUCGACCGCAGUAAAUCAGACUUCCUCCAAAGGACAAUCGUCAUUGUCCAAGUGGUGUGGUUUGCUCUUCAAUGCAUUGCACGACGCGCUCUGGGGCUGACAAUAACCGAGCUUGAGGUGGUCACUCUAGCGUUCACGACGUUGAAUGGGGCAAUGUUCGCAUUUUGGUGGAACAAGCCGCUUGACGUCCGACGACCCUUCCGAAUUGAUUUCAAACCCGUACCGGUAUCUGCGCCUCCAGAACCUCCCAUAGAGAUUACGACAGUGGCUAAAGCCGAGUCAGAUUCUCCGCCGACAUUGGAGCCUGCUGCACCCGUGAAUCGGUAUGCACGAAUUGCAGAUGAAGAGGAUUGGCUGUAUAUGACUUUGCUGAGAAAGUCGGAAGCAAAAAGGAUGCAAUCUUACUCAGACUCGGGUGGCAUCCCCCUACGGUCACGGCUGCGGGAUCAAGCUUCCAAGAUGGUGUCUUCUUCCAGCAAUGUGGUCGUCCAAUUUUUCAAAUCCAUCGUGGACUACGUACAAAAAGAAGGGUUGGUUUCAGCAGUAUUUCAUGUCUUUGUUGUCUGGCCUAUAGAACGCGUACUCAAUGGACUAGGAGAUAUAGUAGAGUCGGAUGACUCGAAAAAGGUUCGCAAAGGCGCUUUGCGAGUUCCCACUUUCUACGCACCUAUGAUGGUGCCGGAUGCCGUGGCGUGGGUUCGAGCAGGAGCUGCAGCUCUUGGGGUUGUAUUCGGAAGUAUACAUAUGGCCGCCUGGUCAGGAACCUUUCCAAGUCACGGAGAACAGACUACAUGGAGGGUUGCCUCGGUGAUAAUCACAGUGCUGCCUGGUGUCAUCUUGCUGGCGAAUGUAGUAAAUUUCUGGCUUGAACGCGACGAGGAUAGAUGUUGUGGAUGCUUUGAAGAUUGUGUGGCCUACAUAGAGUAUGUUGUAGGGGCGGGUGGAAUUCUGGUCUCCAGAAUCUUCAUGUCAGAUGUUUCCUGUGCUGUCAUUCACGGAGAAAUUAGUGCUGGUGGACACUGGACUCGUAUUUUUGUUGUCCUAUAA